AUGAUCGGGAUCCUAACCCGCACCGACAACUACGACCGCUGCCACUUCCUCCCCCUUGUCUACGGGGUACGUCCAGUCCUCUCUCCGCGCCACCAUCCACGUCAACUCAAGUUCGUCUUCUGCAGCCUCACAAAACCCAAGCAGCGUGCCCUAAUCGCCCUUGAAAUGCUUCGUUUUGAUGAUAUCCUCAUUCUCAACUGCACUGAGACCAUGAACAGCGGCAAAACCUACACCUACUUCUCACUCCCCAAACUACUCCUCCCGCGUAAAUACGACUACAUCAUGAUGGCAGACGACGACGUUUUCAUUCGCUUCGAGCCACUUGCCUUGUCGCUCAAGGCACUGCCUAGGGUGGAUUUGUACUACGGAUUUGUUAUCCCUUGUGCUAGCAUGGAUCCCUUUGUGGAGUACAUGUCGGGUAUGGGGUUUUUGUUGUCGUGGGAUUUGGUGGAGUGGAUUAGAAGCUCUGAAGUCCCUAAGGAGAAUGUGGUUGGUCCCCAGGACAAAUUGAUCGAAAAAUGGUUUAAGAUGGGGAACAAGGCCAUGAAAAAGAUUAGUAAUAAGCCGGCGAUGUAUGAUUAUCCGGGAACAAAUGAGAGGUGCUCGCAUGAACUUAUACCGGAGACGGUGGCUGUUCAUAGGCUCAAGAGGCUUAAAGAUGUAGUUUCUCAAAACUGA